AUGGUCAAGAUCUACAAGCCCGGAAAAGUUGCCGUUGUCCUUUCUGGCCGACAGGCCGGUAAGAAGGUUGUUGUCAUCAAGCAGCAGGAUGACGGAACCAAGGACCGACCUUACCCCCACGCCGUCGUUGCCGGUAUUGAGAGGUACCCCCUCAAGGUCUCCAAGAACAUGGGCAAGAAGCGAAUUGCGCGACGAUCCAAGGUUAAGCCUUUCAUCAAGGUCAUCAACUACGCCCACCUCCUCCCCACCCGAUACCAGCUCGAGCUCGAGUCCCUCAAGGGCUCCGUCUCCGCCGAGACCUUCAAGGAGCCCACCCAGAGGGAGGACUCCAAGAAGGCCAUCAAGAAGGCUCUUGAGGAGAGGUACCAGAAGGGUCAGAACAGGUGGUUCUUCUCCAAGUUGCGAUUCUAA